AUGUCAACUCAACCUGACCUGUCAACUGUCAUGUCAAUCCAACCCGAUCUAUCAACAAUCAUGUCAACUCAACCUGACCUGUCAACUGUCAUGUCAAUCCAACCCGAUCUAUCAACAAUCAUGUCAACCCAACCUGAUCUAUCAAUUGUCAUGUCAACCCAACCUGAUCUACCAACGAUCAUGUCAACCCAACCUGAUCUAUCAACAAUCAUGUCAACCCAACCUAAUCUACCAACAAUCAUGUCAACCCAACCUGAUCUAUCAACUGUCAUGUCAACCCAACCUGAUCUAUCAACGAUCAUGUCAACCCAACCUGAUCUAUCAACUGUCAUGUCAACCCAACUUGAUCUAUCAACUGUCAUGUCAACCCAACCCGAUCUAUCAACAAUCAUGUCAACCCAACCUGAUCUAUCAACAAUCAUGUCAACUCAACCUGACCUGUCAACUGUCAUGUCAAUCCAACCCGAUCUAUCAACUGUCAUGUCAACCCAACUUGAUCUAUCAACUGUCAUGUCAACCCAACCUGAUCUAUCAACUGUCAUGUCAACCCAACCUGAUCUAUCAACUGUCAUGUCAACCCAACUUGAUCUAUCAACUGUCAUGUCAACCCAACCUGAUCUAUCAACUGUCAUGUCAACCCAACUUGAUCUAUCAACUGUCAUGUCAACCCAACUUGAUCUAUCAACGAUCACGAAUUUAUCAUUUGCAUAUAUUAUCAAUAAGAGAAACCGAAAUCAAACUGACCGGAAUAUUCCUCUGCAAAUAUUACAUAUUGAAGGACUAAUGUUUAUUGCAGUAAUCAAUUAA